UUACUGCGUUUAGAAAUGAAGGAAGCCCGUGAUCCAUCAUCUGUGUCCUCGAAGGCAACAGAUUGCACGCGCCGCCACACUCGCAUCCAGACAGAACCCUCGCCGCCGCCGCCGAUGACGUCCGUGCGCAGCUCCGCCGCGUCCCUGGUGCCGUCGAUCCGCGGGGCGGCGGAGCUGGUCCGCCAGGAGGCGCUCCGGCGCGAGCUGGAUGGGUGCCAGCUGCUCGCGGGCAUCUGGUGCCACGGGCUCACGGUGGCGCAGCUGCGCAGCAUCCGCGCGUCGCUCCCGCCCACGGCGCGGCUGGUGGUGACCAAGAACUCCGACAUGGCGGCCGCCGUGGCGGGGACGCGGUGGGAGGCGCUUAGGCCCUGCGCGCGGGGCAUGAACGCGUGGCUCUUCGUGCGGUCCGACGAGAUCCCGCCGGCGCUCAAGCCCUACCGCGACUUCCAGAAGGAGUGGAAGCUGCAGCUCAACGACUUCACCGGCGCCGUCUACGAGGGCCGCCUCUACGGGCCCGACGACUUCGCGCAGCUCGAGGCCAUGCCCACCAGGGCGCAGUCCUACCAGUACCUCCUCGGCUGCCUCCAGAUGCCCGCCGUCAACCUCCUCGCCGUGCUCCGCGCGCGACAGGAGGCCAUGCUUGCGCAGGCGCCCGCGGAGGGAGAGGCGGCCGCACCGGCGCCGGAACCGGCGGAGAAAUGAUCCGUCGACAAGGUUUCUUGGCGUUCGUCUCACUCAGUCACUCUGCCUCUGCAUUCUUGUAUGUUACAGCCGCGGCUUCGGCUGAAAAGAAGCCCCUUUUGUGUUUUGUGCUGCUAAAAUUUGUUCUCGGUCUGGAAUAUACGUGGCAGAAAACUGAUAAAUCAUAACGGCACAUUGCUCUGAUGGAUUGUAAUGUUCGUGAACUCGAGUUUGGAAUUGGAGCGAGUCAUGCUGAAUUGCCCUUUGCUGGUUCAGAAACUA